AUGGGGCUGCUCUUCAGGAAGGGUUGGCCGAACUUCGGCCCCAGAGAGAUGCGGAUCCUAAUGCUGGGCCUGGACGGUGCUGGCAAGACCACGAGCCUCUACCAGCUGAAGCUGGGCGACGUGAUCAAGACCGUGCCAACGAUCGGCUUCAACGUCGAAGUUGUUCAGUACAAAAACGUCAAGUUUCAAGUUUGGGACGUGGGUGGCCAGGACAAAAUUAGGAAGCUGUGGCAGCACUAUCUCCACGGCACGGACGGGCUAAUCUAUGUGGUGGACAGCUUGGACCGAGACCGCAUCCAGGAUGCCAAGGAGGAGCUGGAGAAAAUUCUGGCCGAGAAAGAGAUGAAGGAUGCAGCGCUGCUGGUGCUUGCCAACAAGCAGGACUUGCCGAACGCCGAACGCCAUGACGGCAGCGGAGGUGGUUGA